GUUUCUUCUCAAUGUAUGUGAUUUUAGUCAUACCUUAUUUUUCAAACUCCUCAGUCUUCUCUUCUACAUGAUACUAAAUCCUAGACUAAGGCUGGGAUUUAAAACCAGAAUCAAAUAUCCGAUCUGGAACAGACUUAAAUAAGUUUGUGUAAAAACAUAUACCUUUUCAACUUUAUUAGCAUAUAAGUUUGAGUCGUGCGUGGUGUGAGGGUUUUAGCGCAGACACGGAGGGUUGUUCGAAAGUUGAUAAGUCUUUUGCUUUGAUAUUUUUUUUGAGAGAUGGCAAUGUUCGUGAGACGAGCUGCAUCUACUCGAAAUGCGAUUGCCUUUCUCAGAAUAUUCUCCUCCUCCUCCUCCUACUCUUCCUUAGUUGUUGGCCGCGAUUUCUUCUCCCACAAGGCCACCCUCAGAGCCCCAGAUUUGGAUGUCGAUUUGAGAUUGCCCAGUUUUCUCAGAGAUUCUCGUCGAGGCUUCGCCAAAGGCAAAAAAUCAAAGGAUGAUUCUGGAUUGGUGGACGUGUCUCUGGAUAUUGGGCCUAGCGUCAAAGCCACUGCCACUUGUCAGAUGGAGGCUGCUAUUGAUGCCUUGUCCAGGGAUCUCACUAAACUCAGAACUGGAAGAGCUGCUCCAGGAAUGCUUGAUCAUAUUGUUGUUGAAACUGGUGGUGGUCUCAAAAUGCCUCUCAAUCACUUAGCUUUGGUCUCUGUCCUCGAUCCUAAAACUCUCUCUAUCAAUCCUUACCAUCCUGAUACUGUUAAAGAACUUGAGAAAGCAAUAGUCUCCUCACCAUUAGGGUUAAACCCAAAACUGGAUGGCCAAAAACUUAUUGCAUCUAUCCCUCCAUUGACCAAGGAGCAUGUUCAGGCAAUGUGCAAGAUUGUAACCAAGUCCAGUGAAGUUGUCAAGCAGAGCAUAAGAAGGGCACGUCAAAAGGCACUGGACACAAUAAAGAAAGCAGCCUCAGGUCUACCAAAAGAUGAAGUGAAAAGGCUGGAGAAAGAUGUAGAAGAGUUGACGAAGAAGUUUGUAAAGUCAGCAGAUGACAUGUGCAAGUCCAAAGAGAAUGAGAUCACCACCCAAUCUUGAUCUCCUAGUUUCUUAUCCAUCAAAGCUGAACCAAGUUUCUGUCUUCGUUUUUACAGAAGUACCUUUAAUAAUAGAUUAUCCAAAGAAUUCAAUACUUGUUUUAUAAUUUUCAA